AUGACUUCCGGUACAAGUGCGAAGCGGGCUGCGGCCAAGAACAGCACGCCCGCCAAGACUCGUCGCUCUGCUUCCAAAACUAUCAAGAGCGAAUCUCCUCUGCCAGCGACGCCCAGCAACCGCAAAACAACUGGCUUCACGUCCAGAAUCCCGAGCUCUGAGGACAUCCGAAGCAAUGGUCGUGUCAACGGUCGCAGCCUGAUCGUUUGGAACCGUCCUCGCAUGACUGAGAAGCUGUUGCUUCAUCUCCACUACGAGUGUAUACGCCACAAGAUCCAGCUCCCAUGGGAUGCUGCCGCUCAUCGUCUUCGGCCUGGCUCCUCUGGCGCUGCCAUCCAGCAGCACAUUGGUCGCCUUCGACGUGAACUCGUUGCUGAAGGUCAUCUCGUCCCGCCCCUGCCGGUUCGUCCCUCCUCCAAGGAGACUGGACACGAUCCCGAGAUUCGUGGCUAUGUUCGCGGCACGGACGGCGAUGACCGAGCCGCCAUUCGCCCAGUUCGAUUCGACGAGGUCUGCGAGGACCUCAAGAUGAGCUUGCCAGACUCUUUCAUUAAGGACGAAGAGACUGAAAUGGGUGAGACCAAGGACCCCAUUCUCGAGACUCCCUCGCGAGACCUGCCCUUUGCGCAGCAAUUCCCUCCGUCACUGACUAGCUCCCCUACACCACUGGGUCCUGCCUUUGCGUAUGCUCACGCUUAUCCUGAGCCCAACGGCCAAUUUGUCGCCAAUCAGGCGGACCAUUUGGAGCCUCGCCUGGCACAUGGCUCGUCAUUCAAUACCGACUCUACAUCGGCCAGCAGCUUCUCUGACAACAGCGACAAUCACUUGAUGGCGGACGUGAACAUGUUCACAGGGCCUGGCGCGGCGAUUCCUGAUGGUAGAUUUAGUGUCUCCAUGAGGGCCAUUGAGAACCGACAAGCUGACCAGCCGCGUGCUCAGGUGGCCUCGGAGAGAGUUUUUACGACUUCUGCCCACAACUCCUCCCAGGCGUCGGCAAUGGGUUCGGCAGCCACUUCUUUCCAGGCUCAGGACCCCCAAGAUCCUUUUCGGGGCCCGCUGCGCCGCCUGGUCUACCAGGGCCCGCCCGAUUUUAGGAGGUGUCCCUACCUGAACCAGCCGGGCGAGCAGUACUUCCCCGAGAUCAGCCCUGCGUACCAGUACCAGGAAGGCCUCAUGAUGCAAGCGGCUGGCACGCGGAAGAUACAGGAGGCGCGUUUCUUCGCCGCCAUGCAUGGUGGCCAUGGCCUCCAAGUUCGCGACACUGAUGUUCAGGAGAAUCGAUGGGAGGCCGGUGAGCAAGGUAACCCUGUUGUCAAGGAGGAGGUGGCCACUCGUACAAGAACGCUGAGCCCAGAAGGAACUCAUCCAUGUGUUGAUCAAAACAUGGACGAGUUUGUCAAGGCUGAAUGUACCGACGACGAAGGAGUUUGGGCCCCCGAGGCUCAGCCCGCCCCUGAACAACUGAACAACUGA